AUGUCCAGCGGCGUUGAAGCCCCCGGCCAACGACGACCCGGCAUUUGGUCCUACCUCAGCUUUACAGGCCCUCGCCGCCGUGUCUCCGUGUCCCUUCCACGUAGCUACAAUCCCAACAGCGAUCCUCACGAGAAGCCCGACCGCCAUUCGCGACACCGCCCAGCGGACUCUAUGAGCGACUUCAAGGGCUCCGCGAUGUUGAACCAGGGGCAGCGCAUGCGGUACCUGAAGACGGGUGGCAUUAUCGCCUUCGUCUUGCUCGUGCUGUACUUUAUUGCGCCACAUGACGGUCUAUCGAGAGGAAGCGUAUCUGGCGGCAACACAGCAGCGGGCGGCGCGAAAGCGACAUGCACAAAGUCCUACUCGAAGGACAAGCCACUCAUCCAAUAUGCGCUUAUGAUCGACGCCGGCAGCACAGGCUCUCGCAUCCACGUCUACAAGUUCAACAACUGCGGCCCCAGCCCUGAGCUCGAGAGCGAGGUCUUCGAGAUGACACCCAAGAAGGAGGGCGGCUCCGGUCUCUCUUCGUACGGCGACGACGCUGAGGGUGCUGCGAAGAGCUUGGACGUGCUCAUGGACAAGGCGGUCGCGAGCGUUCCUCCCGAGUACCAGCGCUGCUCGCCCAUCGCCGUCAAGGCUACAGCAGGUCUCCGCAAACUCGGCGAGGAGAAGAGCAACAACACACUACGCGCUGUCCGUCACCGCCUGGAGACCGCCUACCCCUUCCCUCUCGUCUCCGAGGAGAAUAACGGCGUCGAGGUCAUGCCUGGUGAGAUGGAGGGCGUCUACGCUUGGAUCACUAUCAACUAUCUCCUCGGCAAGAUUGGCGGCCCAGACAAGACACCUACAGCCGCGGUGCUCGACCUUGGUGGCGGUUCCACCCAAAUCGUCUUCAACCCUACCUUCCCCGAUGUCCCCCGUGGCGGCCUCCCCAGCUCGCUCGCAGAGGGACCCCACAAGUACGCCCUCAACUUCGGCGGCCGCAACUUCGACCUCUACCAGCACUCGUACCUGGGCUACGGCCUGAUGGAAGCGCGCAACAACCUGCACAGCGCCAUCGUCGACGCGCUGUACCAGCAAAACAAAGACUCGGGCGCCACCGACUACCUCAAGAACCCCAUCGUCAACCCCUGCAUCGCGCCCGGCAUGAGCCGCGAAAUCGACGUCAAGCUGCCCGCGGGCCACGCCCUCGGCGCCUCGCUCACCGUCAACAUGACCGGCCCCGCCACCGGCGCUCCCACCCAGUGCCGCGGCUGGGCCGAGAAGACCCUGCACAAGGACGACGAGUGCAAGCUCGCCCCCUGCGCGUUCCGCGGCGUGCACCAGCCGCCCUUCGAGCAGACGUUCGCCUCCGAGCCCGUCUACCUGCUGUCCUACUUCUACGACCGCACCCAGGACCUGGGCAUGCCCGAGUCGUUUACGCUGCGCGAGCUGCACAGCCUCGCCGACCGCGUGUGCCAGGGCGAGACGGGUUGGGACGCGUUCACGCCCGUCCCCAAGGCCAUUGAGGAGCUGCGCGGCCGCCCGGAGUGGUGCCUCGAUCUGAACUUCCAGCUCGCGCUGCUCAGGACCGGGUACGGGAUGCCGCUGGAUCGCGAGGUGCGGAUCGCGAAGCAGAUCAACAAGAACGAGUUGGGCUGGUGUCUGGGCGCUUCUCUGCCUCUGCUGGAGAAGGAGUCGGGCUGGCAGUGCAAGAUCAAGGAGGUCAACUAA